GAGAAAGAAAGUAUUCGGAAAAUGGGUUCCAAGAGUAUUGCAUCCGUUGCCCUUCUCCUCAGCCUCAUCCUUUUUCUGUUUUCCAUGGCUAGCUCCCACACCCAUACUUAUACAUCACCACCACCACCACCAACACAAGAAUGUCCACCACCACCACCACCACAAGAACACCCAUCACCACCACCACAAGAACACCCCUCACCACCACCACCGUCACCACCACCACCACCAGCACAAGAACACUCACCACCACCACCACCACCACCACAAGCACAAGAGUGUCGAGAGGUGGGUUUGUGCGCUAACGUUUUGAGUUCGGGUGAGACAAACGAGUGCUGCCCCGUGGUUCGUGAUCUUUUGGAGGCUAAUGCCACUGUGUGUAUUUGCGCCAUAGCCAGAACCGUGGUGGUAGAUAUACCCGUAGUAGAUCUUAACGCUCAGGUGGUGCUACUAUUAAACGAAUGUGGUCAUAACCAGACCUUCAGUUGCGAUAACAACUGAUUCUGUACCAAGGUGCUUGCUCAAAGUUACUGCAUAAUACUUACAUGGAUAUACUAUAUAAUAAAGGUUCACAGGAAUACAUAAAUAAUACUGAGCUAUCUUGCUCAAAGUUAUGUUGUUGUUGUUGUUGUUAUGGAGUUGGAGACUCUUAUCUUCUUCCUCCAUGCUAUCUUUCUUUCUCUUCUUUUGUUAAAUACAGUUACUUUCCUUUGUUGCAAUAACUGAUUUUCCACUCUUCUUUUCUCA